CACAGGGAGGGUUUCCAGGUCACUCAAGAAGUCAACAGGUGCAGAAGGGAGGCGGACGCCUUCCUGGAAAAAAGGUAGGUGGUGCUCAGCAGAGUAAGGACCAGAAGGGGGAGAUUCCGGAACCGAAUGUAAAAGGACCUUUCUGCCGGGAGCUUUCCGGACCCAGUUGCAUGAGGUACCUAGCCUGGUUACCCUGGUAACAGGCGUCACGGUUUGUAGAGAAGCCGAAAGAAGAGACUCAAGAGGCCUAUUCACCUCAAUCAUGGAAUCGUCCUCAAAGGGUCUGCUCACCCAAGUUAACCAGUUGUGGAACCUCUUAGAUGAUCUUGCUGAAAGUAACCCUGAGAGCUACAAGAAGUUCAUUCAACAGCAGCUGAAAGAGGGCAAACAGCUCUGUGCUGCCCCGGAACCACAACUCUGUCUACAAACAAGAAUCCUGAAACCAAAAGAAAAAAUACUUUUUAUCAACUUAUGUCAGUGGAAAAGGAUUCCAGUUCCACAAUCAACCACUCAUCCAAUACCUCUAAGUGUUGGCAGACCAGAAGAUAUGUCUGAAACAUCAGAUGUUUACACUGUCAUCGAUGUUGCCUACAACCCUGAUGUUCUCCAGGCAGCAGAGAAGGACCAAGUGAAAAAAGACCAAUUAAUACAGAUGGCCAUGAAAUGCAUUGAGGAACAAUUCCAGUUCACUCUCUCACACUUUUACCAUAUUACUAAAUUUAAAAUAAAAGGAAGCAUUCAAAGGAUGAAACAAAAUCUAAUGAGAAUCCAAACUGACGGCACAGAUUUAAGAGAGAACAUGAGAAAGGAACUAACCCUUGAACAGAUAAGAAGUAGUAGUGUGAGCAAUCCAGAUCACUUCCCUCAACUUUUACUACCAAAAGACCAAGUUUCAGACAAAAAAGGGUGCCUGAUAGAAGAGAUUUCCAGUGCAGAGAUCCAGGUAGACAUGGAGCGACCAGCCUAUGAAUUAAAAAUUGUGGCGGAUCAGAAUGAGAAACCACUGAAAAUGGAAUUAAAAGUUGAAUUACCUGGUAUUAAUUCAGUAUCUCUCUGUGACCUUAGUGUUUCUCAGGAUGAUUUAUUGAUUGAGGUUUCUGAGAAGUACAGAUUACAUCUGAAUCUUCCAGAAUCUGUGAAUACUGAAAUGACUACAGCAAAAUUUAUCAAAGAGAAAGCUACAUUAAUCGUCACAAUGCCAUUGGUGUAAGUCAAGAGCACUAUGUUUUUCAGGUUUUCAGUGAUAAUGUUAUGUGAAUUAUAGGACCUUCAUUAUGGGUGAAGAGAUAUUGAUUUACCUUAAGUACUAGUUUCAUAUUUUCUAAGAAUUCCUUUUGAUGGAAUGAGAUUUUCUCAUCUACUGUUACCUUAAAAAAAAAAAAACUCUCCUCAAAUAAAUUUGGCACCAAGCAAAAACUACUAAAAAUAGUAUUGCCUUGAUAUAGUUGUUUUGAAGAUAUUUGUAAUAGUCUUAAGCAACAAAUACCACUUGGAAAAAUUCUAGUUGUUUCCAAGUAACAUGUGAGAAUUCUCAGUUUGCUGGUUGAAAAAAACUUUUGUCUCUGGUUAUUUUUGAAUCAGAAAUAAAUCCCAGAAUGCAAGAAGUUUUUUUAUUAUCAAGAUGGGCCACAGUAGUAAAAAUUUCCUCCAGCAAUAAAGAUACAAAGCCAAUAUAAUAAUGCGAACGUAUUGCUUCUGUGAACCUCUGUACUUCUAUAAAACAGCUCUGGAGGGAGUGCAAGCUACCCAGAUAGGCCUUUUAAUAUUAGAUGUGAACCUUUCUGUGGAUUGGAUACAAUGAAGCAAUAAUAGUACUUGAAUAUUAUUGCACAUAUGAUGCAAAAUACAUCCAACUCUAAUUUAAGAAAAAGGAGUUGACUUGGGGACAAGUGCCUUUCUCCUAGGAAAGUAAUUUUUAAAAAUAUAGAGGUGACAUACUUUACAAUUCCCAUUCAUCAAGUUGUCAGAUAGUUUAAUACAAAGGUAUCAACUUUCCAAUUUAUAUCCCAGGUAAGCAAUGCUCACAUCAGACUACAAAUACCCCUUAAUUAUCUUUUCUACAUACAAAACAACUUCCUUAUGAUUGGUUUCUAGUUCAACAGUCUUUUUAAAGUUACUAAUUUUAAAACUUUUUAACUUUAGAAACUUAUAUGUAUAAUAGAUAUAAUUGAUACAUGACAUUUAAAAACAUUUUUUAUUUAAUAUUUUACUUAUUUUUAGAAAGAAGGGAAGGGAAGGAGAAACAUCAAUGUGUGAAACAUUGAUUGGUGGUGACUGAUUGCCUCUCACACACCCUCAACUGGGGACCCUGUCCUUAACCCAGGCAUGUGCCCUGACUGAAAAUAAAACUGGCUGCCCCUCGGUUUUGUAGGACAAAGCCCAGUCCACUAAGCCACACCAGUCAGGGCUAAAAACAUAAUUUUCUUAAACUUCACCUGGAUUUGAAUCCUUCUAGCUAAUAGGAUAAUUUAUCAUCUGAAAAUGGUCUACAAUUGUAUGAUGUCCUAAAAUUAACAAACCUAUUAUAUUCUCAUCCCUCAAAAAACUUGGAGUGCUUUCACAUUUUCUUCUGCAAAAUCAAUCAAAACUGAUUUCCUGGUUGAAUCUCUCUACUCUUGUACUGUCCUCAUUAACAUAGGUCAGCAUCUAUCUGUGUAUCUGUACAUAUUGAUGAAAUGCAUAUCAAGGUACAACACGAUGAUUAAAUGUUAAAUUAAUAUCCUAAUUAUUUCCCAAAAUAUUUUCACUGAUAUUAUUUCAGUGGAUUUUAUCUUCAUAAAACCAUUUGUCCUUCCCCCUCCCUACAAAAAGCAAAACUGCCCAGGAGGAACAUUAACUAAUAAUGAACUGUGGAGUAAAUUUGAAUCUUACAGACAUCUUUUGUCCUCAAAACUGGAAAUUAUUUGAGAUUGACAUAAAUUGACCUUGAUUUAGAAACCAGUUUUCCAUAAACUUGGUUUUAGAUCAGAUUAUCAGUAAUGACGGCUUGGUUUUGAAGGCUAGAGCCACGGGAGUUCUUGUCCCUGGACUGGGUGAGCCAGAGGAGAGGAGCAAGGAAAUCUAGGUACCUAGACAGCUUCCUAGGAAGGCUUUUGGGAAUCUGAAGAGAUGGACCUGGUAAGUACUUUUAAGUCAAAAUGUCGAGUCCAAAAGGUGUUCUAGCUUACUUGGGAAGACUAGGAACUAGAUCCUGUAAAAAAUUUGAAGAGCCACAGGAAGAAGCACAGGCAGUGGGAAGCACUCUUGGAAGCAAGAUUCAUAAACUGAGAAGUCUGUGAGAUAAACUGAGGGCUGAAGUGAAACAAUGUCAAGCCAGAGGGGUGAUUGUUGGCCUGCUUUCCUAGGGUGUAAAGGACGUGAUUUUGGAAUUGGCAAAUUUGUGUGUUUUACCUGUGAUCUUACUGGAUCGAUUUCAGUCCUUGAUCCUUCAUCAAACCUGUACCUGUAGCUAUUGUCUUUGUGCUUCCUCUCGACUCUAUUGGAAUAGCUCAACUAUUAUCCACAUUUCAAGUUCAGUGGUAAGUGAAUGCAAAAGCCUAGGAUAUUACUGUACUGAUAAAUAUUUAUCAGGUGAUUUGAAUGCCAGAAUUGUUGCAAUAGUCUGCUUGUUGGUUCUCUUCCAGUAUUUAUACUUCUCCAGUAAAUCCUGCACAGCCAAGAAAAUGCCUUCAUGACACUGCAUCAUUUCCUUGCUCAAAAACCUUCAAUAACCAUUCAUUGCCUGUAGGAUAUAGUCAGCCUUUUUUUUCUCACCUUCCCACCUCUCUUCCAUUUCCCUCUUUAUUCAUUUUUUCCCUCCUUCCCUUCACUUCAAUUAAAGUAAAAUAUAUGUAAAUAUAUAUGAAGUGCAGAACCUUUUACAAAGUAAACCCACCUGUACCACACAAAUCAAAGCAGAGAUUAUUAUUCUUGCCCUCGAAGUCUCCCUCUUGUAUCCUCCUAGUCAUUUCCCUCAAGGUAACCAGUCUUUUGAUUUGUCAUCAUACAUUGGUUUUACUUGUUUUUGAACUUCCUAUAAAUGUUAAAAAUGUAAAACUCUUGUGUGGCUUCUUUGACUUAAUGUUACCUCUGAGAUUUCAUCGUGUUGUUGUGUGUAGUGGUCAUUCUUUUUUAUUGCGGUAUAGUAAUACUAUCUUAUGAAUGUCCUGCAAUUUAUUUACUUAUUGGACUGUUGGUGACAUUUGGGUUAUUGGAACUUUCACUUUGGGGCUAUUAAGAAUGAUGCUAUGAACAUUCUUGUUCCUGUGUUUUUGGUGUAAAAAUAUACAAUUUUCUAUUAGGUGUGAAUUUGGUAGAAUUGUUACAUCACAGGGUAUGCAUAUUAGCUUUAGUAAAUAAUGCUAAACAGUUUUGGAAAGUGAUUGAGCCAGUUUUAUGUUCCCAGUAAGUUUAUAUGAUCUCCAUUGUUUUGCAUCUUUAUUGUCCAUUUAAAUCUGACAUGCUGGUGGCAGUGUAAUAGUAUCUCAUUGUGGAUUAAUUUUGCAUUUGCCUAAUAAGGGAUGAUGUUAAGUAGCUGUAUUGAACUCUUCAAAGUCUUAUGUUAUAAAGUAUGUUUCUCAAGGCUUUUGCAAAAAUUUUAUUGGGUUGUCUCUUAACUGUAGAAUUCUCACAUAUUUUGGAUAUGAGUUCUUUGUUGUGUAUAUCUAUUAUAAAUCUUACAUACUCUGGCUUGCCUUUUCACUCUCUGAUGGUGU